AUGAGUGGCAGAGCCCAAAAUGCAGUAGCAUCCUUGGGGGUGCUACCUCCCGAGAUCCUGUUACCGAUCGUCACGAGCCUUCCAGGCCUCGACACACUCUGGAGCCUAAUGACGGCUUCACCAAAUGUCUGGCGUCUCUUCAACAAUUACGCCCAUACUAUCACCGAAGGUAUCCUUUCUGGACCAAACUCGAUACUGUACGGAAAGAUCCGAGAGCUUGUUCGUGGAGUCAUCCUUGUGCGCGCUAAGACGCUUCCUUUCAAAGACUUGAACGAGUUCAGGAAUCGGUUCUUAAGAGGCGUGAAUCCUUUGACCGUACAUUAUGGCGCAGAAUACAUCUAUCUUGGACCUGAAAUCUUAUCUGCUGCGAUAGUGCCUACAGAAGUAUUUAGGUCUGUCGUCGCAACAGCAUGUCAAAUCUCUGCCCUGUCGCAGGGUUGUUUGGCAUCGUAUCUAGCGCCAUUCAGGGAUAUCAGGCCGUUGCAUACUUCCGACUCACGGCCUUACUCCCAUGAUCAUGAUCAUGAUCAUGAUCCAGACUCCUGCAGGACCCCCGCCUGGGAACUUGAGAUUGUCGGUAAACCUCACAAGGUGGUGGAUGCAGGACAGCCGAGCUGGCGCGAGGAAAUGAGGGCUCUACGUGCUAUGUGGAUAAUACAACUGGUGGGCGAAAUGAAAGGGCUGGUCAAGGAAGGCUGGUCCGAGGAAGAUAUCGACACGUUGAAACAGAUGGAUGCGGCAGACUUGGUUGAGAGACCUGACAAUAGAGUGAUCAAGGCCGAAGAGGUCGGGUGUGCUAUGGAUUACCUCAGGACCCUUCGAGAUGCCAUACAAAACGAUUACUAUCGACUACCAAUGCCACCUCUGGUUACAAAGAGUAACAGAUGGAUUACAGCAGAGCAAAAAGCAGCUGGUUUUAUAAUGACGGUCGUCGAGUAUUGUCAAAACGGCAAAUUCUUCAAAGUGCAGAAGGGUGAACCUAUACCAGAGGACAGCGAACCGGCCAAGGUUCCAUUUCCCGACGAGGGUAUGGAAUGGAUGAAGGAAGAAGCGCCCCUCAACAAAGUAUCAUGUGGUAUGACUAUAUGGAGAGCCCUAUCACGCGACCGCUACUCGCCUGUUAAGGGUGUCAAAUUCGAUUCUUUCCGCCGAUUGGGCUUUGCCUUCUGGGACAAGGCGAGAUUGCAUCUUGCAGGCCUGACGAAUGGGAUAUCAAAGCCAUUCUACCCAGAUCAAUUCUACUUCUUUGCGUUGGAGAGCAUUCUGCCUGCUGAUGAGGUUGCUAACAUCAAGGCUGAGCUUCGAUUGCCAGACCUGAUUCCGUUACCUCCUGCUCCACCCCUACCAGCGUCUUCCGCCAGUUUAGCAGCACAAAGAAGCACAUUGAGUUUGAGCAGCGUACCCUUACCUGUCCAUACCCCAGACUCACCUCCGGCACCGCCGUCAUAA